AUGGAUGAGCCUACCAAGCCCGAAGUUGGAGAUCCAACGACACUCAACGAUGUCAAAAAUAAGGACAGCCACGAGCAGUUCGAUCCCUUCCAAGAACCCGAAAAUUCUCCACAGGACAUAACGGAUGAAUUCAGCAAGGCGAUGGCUACUGCAUUGCCUGACGUACUAGCUGAUAUAUCUACGGACCCUGGUGCGGUUUCUCGCCUGAGGGCCUUUCUCGCAAUUGUGCGAGAGGAGACUUUCAGGUUCAUGGACCCAAAAGAGCCACCGUUUCUAUCCCAAUUCUUCAACUUCACUGAAAUUGAAAUCAAGGAUGCCGAUUGCUCCAAUGAUGACUUCGCCGAGUAUAAGUCAUUUGUGCAGACGGCGGGAGAAGUUGGUAGACGAACCACAUUGACGGACUACCUCAUCGCAAGGAAAUUCCAGCCGCUUGUACAGCAGCAACGUCAAGUGGACUUCACCAUUGCACAGAUGGUUCAGCUACGCGUCGACCUCAAGCAAGCAAAGCGCUUUGUGGAAUAUAUUGUUUAUGGCCCACUCUUCUUCGUAACGCAUAAGAGAGCCAACCAAAUCAAGGCAGGCGAUCUUGACGUAAACUCCAUUCUCGAUGAUAUCUUGUUGGUCAAGGAGCAGCACUCCAGCUCCAUCUUUGCUAGGCGGUCUAUGGUAUCAAAGACUCAAUUUACCGAUACUUUAAAGCUGGGACUAAGUCAGAUAAGAGACCGCUUUUACGACGUUACGAAAGCUAAGCAGGACUACCUUUACGAAAAGGACAACGAAAGGAAAUUGCUCGCCGACAACAGUAAAGUAUUCCUGUGGGAUCUAAUUUUUAACAAAUACCACCCUCUCACCGUUCCAUGGCGCCUCUAGAGGUGUGCCGCUGGUGUUCCGCUGGUGUGCCGUGG